AUGUCGAACACAAUGACCAACACCGCCGCUACCGUCUCCGACAGUGAGGCUGUGCGCCUCCCACCGCCCACGAACAAGACCGAACUCGGACCAGCGCCCAUCUAUGAUGUCUAUCAACUGUCCGAUGACCGCACGCAGACGCUCCGGAAAUUGCUGGAGAAAGGCCACAAGACCGUGGCGCCGCUGCGCAAUCCGCAACUCAUCCUGCACAGCCAUUUGCCACAUCUUCUCGGCUCUGCCUACGCGCUGGGCGCAGACGGCGAGCAGUUGACCAAGACGUACGAGCACGAUAUCCAGUCCCUGGUCAGGAUCGAUGAGACUUUCGUCCGGGGCGACAAGAUCACCAGGGACAACUGGAGGCAGUUCCUCGGGAACAAGGAGUAUACCGUGGCUUACGUUGACUUUUUCGACGACGAGAUCCGGAAGAACGGCGGCGACUGGGAGAAGGUCGUGCAGGAGUACCUCUACUCCGGGGACGAACCUCUCAUCAAUGGCUUUUGUGGCGGUCUUGGACACCCCUUCAUCCAUCUUGCGUAUGGCUACGAAUUUCGGAUCCCUGAGGUCGUUACGCAAGCCUUGAGUCUCGGAUGCACCGAGUACGUGGUGUGCCACGGGCUGAUCGACAAUCCGCCGCCGAUCCCGUCGCCGUACAAGACGCGCAGCCUCGCCGAGGUCAUCCGGCGGGUGGAGGCGGACCCGCGCUUCGACGGCAUCAUCGAGUUCCCCGGGACCGUGAACUUCGGCAUCGUGCUACAGCACCGCUUCGAGGCCUUCAUGGAGCACUGGAAUGCCUGGGAAGUGACCGACCCGGUGCAGCAAUUUGAACAGUGCUGCGACCUGUCGGUGGUGUUGGCAAUCAGUCCCACGGCGUACGGCGAGGGCAAGUACGACUUCUUCUACGCCCACAUUAUGACCGUGGCGCAUGCGCUGCGAAUUCUGUUCCAGUACAUCCCCGCGGACAGGCAGGUCUCGAUCUUGCGACAGUACGCCUUCUUCACCAUCUUGAUCUAUAUCCUGCAGAACAGGCUUUCGUUUGGCAUCGAGCGCAUCGAAUCCGUCGACACGAGUCCUCACGAGAACUGGGACGCGCUCGCACAAGCCGCGCUCAAGCACCGCUGGGCCCUGGACGACCACUUCUUCAAGGUGGUGCGAGCCAUCAAGGCAUUUGCCGAGACGUACGGCGAGAAGGACGGCUUCUAUCUCAAAGCGGCCACGAAAUAUGUGACGGACUUCAACGGCUGGGAAGGCUUUGGGGAGGGCAUCAUGGGCUUCCUUCCCAGUCGCGAUGGGUAUAUUCCAGCUUGA